AUAUUUCUCAAAUAAACCCUAGCGCCCCUUUUAUUGUAUCGAACAAAAACGCUAGUUACUUGUCUUCCUCCUCUGUUUUCCCAUAGAGAAAAAAAAUGACCGGAGAAGCAGUGAACCCCAAAGCAUACCCGCUUGCGGAUGCUCAGUUGACAACAACGAUUUUAGAUCUCGUUCAACAAGCUGCCAACUACAAGCAGCUCAAAAAGGGAGCUAAUGAAGCUACCAAGACCCUGAACAGAGGUAUCUCCGAGUUCGUUGUGAUGGCUGCCGAUACCGAGCCCCUUGAGAUUCUGCUCCAUCUUCCUUUGCUUGCUGAAGAUAAGAAUGUGCCCUACGUUUUUGUUCCUUCAAAGCAAGCUCUUGGACGAGCAUGCGGGGUCACAAGACCUGUAAUCGCGUGUUCCGUCACAACGAACGAAGGAAGCCAAUUGAAAUCCCAAAUACAACAACUCAAGGAUGCAAUUGAGAAGCUCUUGAUCUAGAAUCUUAUCGAGUCUCGUUUUCGGCGUGAUGGGCCUCUGGGAUUGUGGUGGUCGCUCCUUUAGAGGCUUUGACUGAUGAGGUUGUGCCACGUUAAUCUGACCUUGAAAGUGAUUGUUGUGUCUUUUAUGUUUUGGUAUGAACUGAGAGAAAGGAUAAUCUUGAAUCUACACUUAUGGGGGCUUAGUAUGAAUGAUGCUAUUACUUAAUGUACAUGUUUUAAUAUGUUAUAGCUUUAA